UUUUCAUGGGACUCAAAUUUGUCCUUCUGCGGCUCCAGUAGAGCGUCUCUUCCGGUAGAGGAAAGCAGCAGCCGAGCUGAGAGUUAGCCGUUUCUGUGAAGGUCGUGAGUCUAACCUGUGAUCCAUCAUGUCUUUGGCAAAGCCUGUGAUGAGGGGGCUGCUGGGAAAGCGUCUGAGGUUUCACCUGCCCAUUGCGUUCGCUCUGUCCUUAGUGGCUGCAAUCGGCUUCAAGUACGGUGUGACGGAGCCCAGGAAACGGGCCUACGCUGACUUCUACAAGCAGUAUGACGCCGUCAAAGAGUUCACCGCCAUGAAGGAAGCCGGCGUCUUUGAGAGCGUGCGGCCCUCUGGGGAGUAAACUCUCUCUCUUCUUCCCCAUCAUUUAUUCCUGGUCUGAGGAUGCAGUUCCUUCUUGUCCCCUUGGAUGUUAUUUACUGAUUUAGAUGUGGACAUCGCUAUGCUGUUUUGUUCCUCUAAAUAAAAUAUUCUAUUAAUGUAAAA